AUGGAAGGUCCUGAGAUCAACGAUGACAGCCAGCUGUACUCCACCAUGGCUGGAAAGCUAGAUGCCAGGCUUCUCAAAGCUCUCGACGUGAUGGGCUUCACUCACAUGACCCCUGUCCAGCAGCGUGUUUUGAACGAACUCCCAACCUGGCGCAGUGACUGUCUUGUCCAAGCCAAGACUGGUACCGGAAAGACCCUUGCAUUCUUGUUGCCUGCAUUGCACUGCCUGCUUCAGGGUGAAUACGCGCCACCCAAAGGCAAGGUCGGCAUCUUGAUCAUUACCCCAACCCGAGAACUUGCCCAACAAAUUGCAAAGGCGUGUGAUCAACUAACCUCGCAACUUCCCACUCCUCUUGAAUGCCACGUUGCAGUUGGAGGAACGGCUCGUGCAUCUGCUCACUCCCGCUUCAUGAAGGGGGCACCAUCCAUUCUUGUCGCCACCCCGGGACGACUGUGCGACUAUCUGUCAGAGACUCCCACAGCCAAGAAGUUGUCUAACAUUCAGACGUUGGUUUUGGAUGAAGCAGACACGAUGCUCGAGAGUGGCUUCAUCGCCGACGUCAAGCGGAUCCUUCAGCUCAUUCCUCAGAAGAGCACUGGCUGGCAAGGAAUGUGCUUUUCGGCCACUGUUCCCCCUAAAGUCAAGGAUGUGGUCAACAUUGUGUUGAGAAGAGACUACACCAGCAUUUCAACCAUUGACCAGAAUGAAGCACCAACACACGAGAGAGUCCCUCAGUACCACGUGAUUAUUCCCUCCGUGGGAGACACCUUCAACGCACUUGCCUCCCUCCUCAAGCACGAGAUCAAGAACUGCAAGAAGAUCAUUGUCUUCGGUGUGACUGCACACAUGGUUGCUCUCCUCGCAGGAGUCUUCUGUAAAGGCAUGAUUCACCUGAAGGUAUUUGAGAUUCACUCCAGACUUAACCAGGGUGCUCGCACGAGAACCACGAAUCAGUUCAAGGAGGCCGAGGCCGGAAUCCUGUUCGCUUCAGAUGUUAUUGGCCGUGGUAUGGAUUUCCCCAACGUCGAUUUGGUCAUUCAGGUCGGUUUGCCGUCCAACGGCGAGCAGUACGUUCACCGUGUCGGCCGUACAGCCCGUGCCGGCGCUGAUGGCCGUGCUAUCAUUCUUCUCACCGAGGGCGAGUCAUUCUUCAUGCGGAACAACCGCCACUUGCCCAUCAAGCCCCACCCCGAUACCGCCGAGAUCCUUGCUGGCGCCCCCGCGUGCUCCAAGGCUGUCAUGCAGGCCAUGUACACCAUCGAGGAGGAAUCAAAGCAGCGCGCUUACUCGUCUUUCAUUGGUUUCUUCGCUGGAUCGGGCCUUCUCAAGCAGCUCCGUCUCGACAAGGCUGGCCUUGUUCAGCUCGCCAAUGAGAUGGCUGUCAAGGGUAUGGGAUGCCCUGAGCCUCCCCCAAUGGACAAAAAGGUUAUUGGCAAGAUGGGAUUGAAGGGUGUUCCUGGCUUCACCUACGCUGACCCCAAUGAACUGGCUCGAGCCCCUCGCAACGGCGGCUCUUCAAGAGGUCGCAACCAGUCUCGAGGUGGCAAGCCCCGUGAUGCUCUGAGCCCCGGAGCUGGAAGUGGUGUUGAAAAGCGCCGCGGAGGAGGCCGUGGAGGCCGUGGAGGUCGUGGCGGCGGUCGGAGAUGA